GUACGUGGUCUCUUGCCUUUAAAAAGGGUCAAACACAGUAUAGCUUGGAUCCUUCUUUGCUUGUCCCUGAUCUCUCCCAAUCUCUCCUCUUCAUUCUUUUUGUGUUUCACUGAUCUCUAUCGAUAAUGGGUUCGAGUUUUCAUUACACUAUCGACCUCAACGAAGAUUAUAACCAUCAACCUUUUCUCUCCCCUCUUGGAUCCUCUCUUCAUCAUAAUCAUCAUCAAUCUCUUUUUAAUCCCUCUUCUUCAUCAUCUUCUUUGACUUCACCAUCUCUUUCCUACUUCCCUUUCUUGUCCAACUCUCACCAAGAUCAAGUACAGGUUGGGUACAACAACAACACUUUUCAUGGUUUUCUUGAUCCCCAUCUCUCCCAAUCCCUCGAGGGCAAGAAGUUUGUAUCUAACGGUGGAUCAUCAUCAAGCGAUCAAGUGGUGCCAAAAAAGGAGACACGACUAAAAUUGACGAUAAGGAAGAAAGAUGAUCAUCGAGAGCAAAUCGAUAUAAAUCCUCAAUAUCCGACAAAAGGCGAGACCGAAACUAAUUCUCUCAAGUGGGUUUCUUCGAAGGUGAGAUUGAUGAAGAGGAAGACGAUGAUCACCACCAUCGACAACAACAAACAACACGUUGAUAGCGACCAAUCUUUGAACCUAAGCAAUCUCGAAGGAGAUCACCAUGUUCAUCACAAGAAAAUCUCCACAAAUCAGUACAAUACCAUUGUCAACGAAAAUGGUUACAACGGAAGUAACAAUUGCGUGAUUAGGAUUUGCUCCGAUUGUAACACGACCAAGACUCCUCUUUGGAGAAGCGGCCCGAGAGGUCCCAAGUCUCUUUGUAACGCGUGUGGAAUAAGGCAAAGGAAGGCAAGGCGAGCCGCUGCAGCCGCAGCCGCAGCCUCUGAUGUGUCACCACCGCUCCUAAAGACGAAUAUGCAAAACAAGAACAAGAGAUCAAAUGAAGUAUAUAACAUUUCUCCUCCUUUGGUUCCAAAGGUAAAGAAAUGUAAGAUGGCGAUGACGUUGGAGGAGGAGGAGGCGGUGAUGGAGGCUGAAACAGCCGGGGAUUUGAAUACUCAAAGCAAAUCCGAGAUGCCGUUUUCUUCUUCGACAUCUUCCUCUUCAAACAAGUUUUAUUUCGAUGAUCUAGCAAUAAUCUUGAGCAAAAGCUCAGCUUAUCAGCAAGUUUUCCCUCAAGAUGAGAAGGAGGCAGCCAUUUUACUAAUGGCUUUGUCGUACGGAAUGGUUCACGGGUGAUUAUUAUAUAAUUACCUCUUUACCAUAAUCCCUCAUAACUAUACAAACAUCCAGAUUAUUUGUUUGAUUGAAUUUUGUUCUUGCAGUGAUAGAUUCAUAUUAGUCCAACUCUAUAAUAAGAGACUGUUGGGUUUUAAUAGAUUCUAAUAUAGUUAGUAUAUUUUGUAUGGAACUUUAUAUUCUGAUAUUGUGUGGUUGUUCUUGAUCAUUCACAUGUUCAUCGUGUUUUUUAAGAUUUGAGGAUUAAUAUAAAAAGUUACAUUCAUUUAUCAA